GUUAAGAGCUCAAUUGAAGUUUUGAGAUUAAUUUGGAUAAUCGGCUGCCCUUUCCCCUAAUUCGUGACAUUUUUGUAUCGUUCUUCCCGAAAACAAUGGAGAAUUUGCAAUUUGUAGUUGUAACAGGUUACUUCAGGAAUUCCAAGAUCGAAAGUUGAAUCUGCGCGUUAAUUGAGGGAAAGUUUCAAGUUCAUCCAUGGAGAGGACGGAGCGUCAACGUCGAAAUCAUCCUCCGUAUCGUUCGGCUGCACCAUCUGAUUUGGCCGGAUCUUCGAGCUCCACUUCCCGCAGAUCUUAUUCCAACCGCAGUAGAAACGCCGACCACAAGCAUUCUAAGUACAAUACCAACAGUAAUCUCAGCUUUGAGGAUGAUGCUGACUGGCGUAGCAGAAGAAGUAGCGAUAGUAAAAUCUAUUUACAGAAGCUAGAGGCGAAAGAAGACGACGUUGGACAUGAUGGCCGUUCUCACUUCGAUCUCCCGCCGGUAUUAAUCGGCACUUGUCCUUCCAUGUGCCCUGAGGCAGAAAGAGCACAGCGGGAAAGGCUGCGAGAUUUGGCUAUAUUUGAAAGGCUGCACGGAAAUCCUAGAAAAACAUCUCCAGAUCUGGCCGUCAAAAAGUUCUGCAGAACAAUGUCCGCCAAGAGUGACCAAGCAUUAGAUGUGCGGCCUCUACCUGUACUGGAGAAAACAUUGAAAUAUGUCCUAAGCUUUUUGGAUACUAAAGAGCAACCUUUUGAAGUGAUUCAUGACUUUGUAUUUGAUAGAACAAGAUCUAUAAGGCAAGACCUCAGCGUACAGAAUAUUGUUAAUGAGAAGGCCAUCUACAUGUAUGAAGAAAUGGUUAGAUUUCAUGUCACAUCACACCAGAAGCUUUUAAAUGGUGAUAGUAAUUCAAAUGCUUCCUCAAUGCAUCACCUCAACAAGCAGCAGCUCUCAAAGGCUUUGAUCACACUACUUAAUCUCUAUGAAAUUAACAGAUCCAACGGUGCUAUAUUUGAAAAUGAAGCCGAGUUCCAUUCAUUGUAUGUGCUGCUUCAUCUGGAUUCUAAUAGCCAAGCAACGGGGGUUACUUUGUGGUUUCGUACUUUACGGUCUCCUGCGAUCAAGUCAAAGGAAAUGCGUUUUGCUCGGACAAUUUUACGAUAUUUUCGGAUGUGUAAUUAUAAGGGUUUCCUUUGUACCAUAGGAGCUGAGGCUUCCAACCUUCAAUAUUGCAUUCUUGAACCUUACGUUAAUGAGAUUCGAGCAUUAGCUUUGUCUUACAUAAACAAUGGUGGAUACAAGCUUCAUCCCUAUCCUCUGGUGGAUCUAUCCAUGCUUUUAAUGAUGGAGGAAUCAGAAGUGGAAUCAUUUUGCAAGGCCUGUGGUCUUGUAACUUCUGGAGAUGAACUAGGAAACAUGUCACUUCCUACCAAACAAACAACAUUUUCCUGUCCCAAAGGAGCGUUUCAAAGAUACAGCUUUGUGAAGUUGAAAUAACAUCAAGGUGGCUAUCUAUACAACUCAUUGUUUCAUCAUUUUUCUUUAUAGAUUCUUAGGGCUUAAUUUCUGGUAGGACUAUUCUAUACUGUAUUAUACAGUUGUGUUCUGUGAAAGCUGUAUUAUCCCACAAUUUAUAUUGUAUUGUUGUCUUAUAGGGAUAAGAACUAACUAUGUAUCAUUUGUAUAAUGCCAUGAUUUUAUUUGGA